GCGUCGCCGUGUUCGAUUGAGGUACUUCCACUGCUCCGAUUUGAGUAAUUAGGGUAUGUGUAUGAGUGGAUUUGACGUUAUUGUGAUAUAUCUCAGUUUGGAGUUGUGUAUCUGCUCUUAAAGAAAUCGUGGAGAGUCCAAUGGACCCGCAGACGCAGAACACUUCGUUGCAGCGACUCCAGAAUGUCGAGAAUAGAGUUGUUAAGGUUUUGGAACUAGCUGGAGGAGUUAUGGAAGAACUCGCGAGUCCUUCUGGUCCCAAGAAAGAGUUCGUCAACAGCCAUUGCCGAGAGUUUAUGCAAUCUAUGAAGGAUAUUCAAGUGACACUAAGGGAAGAGAUCAAAAGCGCUUGCGAGUACCGUCCCUUUGAGAAAUGCGAUUACAACGCUAGAAUAGCUAAUGAGAUCUGCUUCCAGAAGCUUGAAUAUGUUCUCACGCAGCUUGAUGAUCUGAAACAAACUGCUGACCAGUAUCCUUCUUCUGAUUGAGCUCGCUACAACCAAAAAAAAAAAAUUAAGCAGAUUUUCUCAUGUUUGUAGAUUUUACAAGUUGUCUCGUCUUCAUCGGUUGUAGGUUAUCCCAUUAAAGUACGUCCGAUUUU